UCAAAUUCUAUCAAACCAAUCUCUUAUUUCUACAUUUCUAUCAAACUCAACUCCAAUUCCAUUUUCAUUUUCAUUUUCAUUGUUCAGAGCUAUGAAGAAACCAGAAGCAGAUUUAGACGUUGAUAUCUCCAAACUGGGUUUACAUGCGAUCACUUUCAUGGCAAACAUAUCAAUAACUAAUCCAUAUAGUCACUCUCUUCCUAUAUGUGAGGUCAGAUAUGCCUUGUUCAGUGCUGGCAAGGAAAUUGUGUCAGGGACAAUGCCGGAUCCAGGUGAUAUAGAGGAGAAUGACGUGACAUUACUCAAAGUACCAGUGAAAGUGCCGUAUAACAUAUUGAUAACUAUAGCUAAGGAUAUAGGUAGAGACUGGGAUAUUGAUUAUGAAGUGAGAAUAGGCCUUAUUGUUGAUUUACCAAUCUUUGGUAAUAUUACAAUCCCGCUAUCUAAGACUGGAGAAAUCAAACUACCAACUAUCUUUGGUGGAGAUGAUGAUGAUGAUUCAAAGGACAAGAAUGAUGAUGAAUGAAGAAGGUUCAAAACUUCAAAGAAACAGUGAUUUUCCUUGUUGCAUUGUUUAAUUAAUUUGGUUUAGUGUUGGUCAUACUAUAUGUUAGCUUGAAUGUUUCAGAUUCAAAGUACCAUGAAUAAAGUUUGUUUUAUCGUUUACUUUUC